UUAAUUUUCUGGAACAGAUAAAAUCAGCUCUCUGUCUCGUCCGUGGGAUACCAAUGGCGACGAUGAUCGGAAUCUACCUCUCCGGCUUCAAAUCAACAUCGUUCUUCUCCUCGCCGGACAUCGAUUCUCUCAACUCAAAGCUAUCUUCACUCUCUCUCAAACCCUCACCGCAGCCACGAAAAUCGACGGUUAUCCGUAUGGGCGGCGGUCCGAGAACAUUCCCAGGCGGCGUCUCGAAAUGGCAGUGGAAAAGGAUGCAAGCGAAGAAACAGAAACAGCUACUCAAAGCGAGGCUAUGCCGAGAACGCCAGAUCUACGAGAUGAGGAAACGCGCCGAGCUCAAAGCGGCGGUGGCUGAGCUUGAACGACCUUGGGAGCCGGUUCAGAAACCGCCGAAUCUGUUCUCCGUUUGCGCCGACGAGCAAGUCAAGGUGCUCGCGGAUCGGUUUCAGAAACCUGGAGGGUUCGAUCUGUGGACCGAUCGAGAUGGUCCGCAGUUGUUUGAGAGUGGUGGUGUUGAUGAUUUGCCUUCCGCUAGGUUUUUUCCUAAAGGCGUUGUUCAUAGUGUGAAACCUUAUGGUAGAUUAUCAAACUCCGAAUCUGAUGGUGAAGAAGAGAUUGAGCCAAAAGAUGGGAAGCUACGUGGUCGUAGGGUGAGGAAGAAGGUUGGAAUAAAGGGGAUUGAGAGAGGUGAAGGAGGUAAGAAGAGGAUUGAGAAUCGUGUUAAUGGUGGGAAUUUGAGAAAUGGAAGGUCUCAGGUAUAUGAAAUGACUUUACAGAACGAUGGGAGAUACCAAGUUGGAUCUUAGAUUAUGAUCAAAUGAUGAUGAUGUCUCUGAACAUAAACGUUGUAUGCUUAAUCAAACACAGAUGUAUCUGUUCGAGUAUUAGUUUUAAGAGAUGGAUCAAUGAUUGAGAUUAUAGGCAUUGCCAAAUGUGUAUAGAUAGUUAUGAGUGUGCAAAUGUGUGUUUCUUGAAUCUGUUUAUAGGAUGUGGUUUUCACUCUCGAGAAGACUGUUAGGUGGUGAUAGGGAAUGAUGUAAUUUUAUAAUUCAUGUGGUGUAGUAAUCAUUUUACUGGCUAUACAUGAGUUCAAAAGGAUGA